AGCCAAACUCAAAACAACAAAAACAAUGUCUCAAAACAACACAAACAACCCAAAAUCUUCAGAUUCAUAUCCUCCUCAUGGCCAGUGGACCACUGGUUUCAAUGAUUACUGUGAUGAUCCCUCAAUUUGUUUCAUGGUUUGUUGCUUGCCAUGCAUCCCCAUGGGGCAGGUUGCUGAGAUAGUUGACAAAGGUUCUACAUCUUGUUUUGCUGCGGGACUCAUCUUCUGCAUUCUAAACCCUAAAUGCUGUGGAAAAUUGUAUGCAUAUUCAUACCGAUCCAAAUUGCGAGCUCUUUUUUCAUUGCCAGAGGCUCCACAUUCUGAUUUCUUGGCUCAUUGUUGUUGCUGUCUUUGUGCUCACACUCAAGAGUACAGAGAACUCAAGAAUCGUGGCAUCGAUCCCUCCCUUGGUUGGAAAGGCAACGUAGAGAAGUGGAAAAGUGAAGGAGUUGCUAUGCCGCCAAUUGUUGCACCUUCCAUGACCCGUUAAGCCUGCCUCUCUCUCUCUGCUUGGAAAAGCCGAUCGUGCUUUGAUUUAUAGUUUGUUCUGUGUUAUGGGUUUGUAAUGUCACUAUAAUUCCAAUAUUAAUCUUCCCAGCAAUAAAUAAAUAAUUUCACUAGCUUGAGAUCA